CUCUCUCUGUGACUCUCUGUGACUUGGUUUAUCAGAUACUAUUAAUGGGAACCAGAUUCUGUCUUUGCUUCCGCCCGUCCAAUAACAUCAAUGAAUUCUCGGAUAUAGAGGCUGGGAACCAAAACGAAAAGAACUCACUUUCUGUGCUCAGCUUGGACCAGCUAAGAGCUGCCACAUCAGGAUUCUCGUCCCAUAAUGUUGUCUCUGAGCAUGCGGAGGAAGCUCCCAAUGUGGUCUACAAAGGGAAGCUGGAAGAUGGCCGUUUGAUCGCCGUUAAGCACUUCACCCUCUCCGCUUGGCCGGAUUCCCGCCCAUUUCUUGAGGAAGCUAGAGCUGUGGGGAGGCUAAGCAACGAGCGUUUGGCGAAUUUGAUCGGGUGUUGCAUUGAGGAUGAUGAGAGAUUGCUUGUGGCUGAGUUCAUGCCAAAUGAAACUCUCUCCAAGCACCUUUUCCAGUGGGAGACUCAACCGAUGAAAUGGGCAAUGAGAUUGACAGUGGCUUUGUAUGUGGCACAAGCUUUAGAGUAUUGCAGCAGCAAAGGGCAGGCAUUGUACCAUGAUCUCAAUGCUCAUAGAGUCCUGUUUGAUCAGGAUGGAAAUCCCAGACUCUCUUGCUUUGGCCUUAUGAAGAAUAGUAAAGAUGACAAGAGCUUUACCAACUUGGCUUUCACCCCUGCAGAGUUCUUGAGGAGAGGAAGAGUGAUACCAGAAAGUUUGGUUUACAGCUUUGGGACCCUGUUGCUCAAUCUGCUCAGUGGCAGACAUAUCCCUCCAAGCCAUGCGCUUGACCUCAUACGCAACAAGAAUUUUUUGAUGCUGAUGGACUCAUGCUUGGAAGGUCAUUUCUCAAAUGAUGACGGUAAUGAGAUGGUGCGGUUAGCUUCACAAUGUUUGCAGUAUGAACCUCAUAACAGGCCAGAUUUCAAGUACAUUGUUUCUGCACUUUUUCCUCUUCAAGAACAAACUGAGGUUCCAUCAUACGUUUUGAUGGGUUUUCCACAUGGAAAUAUUCCUUCAAAGCAGACAGUGUUGUCACCUCUAGGUGAAGCUUGCUCGAAAUUAGAUCUUGCUAGAAUACAUGAAAUAUUGCUGAUGAUUGGAUACAAGGAAGAUGAGGAGGCUCAAACUGAACUUUCUUUCCAAAUGUGGACAGACCAAAUGAAGGAAAGAUUGAACUUUAAGAAACAGGGGGAUGCUGCAUUUCGAGCAAAAGAAUUUGCUAGUGCCAUUGAAUUUUAUACAGAAUUCAUUGAUCGUGGGAGCAUUGAAUCAGUAACGUUGUUUGCUAGACGGUGCUUGUGUUACUUGAUGAGUGAUAUGGCACAAGAAGCUCUUGGAGAUGCUAUGCAGGCUCUUGUACAACACCCUGAAUGGCCAACUGCCUUAUAUCUCCAAGCAGCUGCCCUGAAAAGCUGAGCAAACCCUAAAAGAUGGCUCAUCCUUGGAAGUCAAGAAAACAUAAAAUAUGAAAGUGUAACAAAAUAUUAAGAAUGUUGUAACAAAAUAAACACCUUUAGGUUUGAGUUUCAGCUCAACUAAUAAACCACUGCUGCUGCUUGACAUCAACA